ACAUGCGGAUAAUAAUGGAAUUUUAAUGAACGAUGCGUCGCAGCGUCGCACGGAUAGUCCCGUGCCGUCCGCGAGCCGAUAAUGCCGAUAUCGCCUCGAUAGCAAUAAUUGACGUCGUUGACAUAAACAUCGUUCGGAGGGGCCGAUCCCCGGCGAACCAACGAAAGAGAGUGUAAUUUGCUUGACAGAAUUGCUAAGAUGGCCGAUAUGAUGGAAUCGCCGCCACUAUUCGACACGAACGAGACAAAAUUGGAUGAUCUGGAGGACGACGACGAGGAUAUCUUCGCGUCCGCGGUCCAGGAACAGAGCCAAUUGGAGGAUAUUUCACCUUACAAUGGAGUGUCCAAAAUUCAAGCGGAAUUGCCGAAGCUAUCUCUGCGAGAUGCACCAGAAGAGAAUUCAUUUUCCUCCAUGUCCAGUCCAGCUCCAGGUCCCUUGAGUCCUCCACUAGGACCGAUGAAUACAGAUAUCGGCGAUCUUCAUGACGUUCCUAUCAAUGAUAAUGCAGAUACACUAUCUACAAACAUUAUCCACUCUCGGUCUUUAGAAGAGGUUCCAGCAGAUGCAUCUGAAGUUUUCUUAAAGAUUACUGUCACUUCUCCUCAAAAGAUAGGUGAUGGAAUGGGCGCCUAUGUUGCAUAUAAAGUUGAAACAAGGACGAAUAUGCUUAUCUUUAAAAAAAGGAACUUUAGUGUGAUUAGACGUUUCAGUGAUUUUCUAGGUCUUCAUGACAAAUUGACAGAAAAAUAUCUUAGAAACGGCAGGAUAAUUCCACCAGCCCCAGAAAAAAGCGUUAUUGGAACGACAAAAAUUAAAAUGUCUGGAGAUAAGAGUCAAGAACAAAAUUCGAGUUCUACUGAAUUUCUUGAACGACGUAGAGCAGCUCUCGAGAGAUACUUGAACAGAACAGCUGCACAUCCUGUUCUGAGUAUUGAUCCUGAUUUCAGAGAAUUUUUAGAAGCUGAUAUAGAAUUGCCUAAGGCUACCAAUACAUCCGCAUUAAGUGGCAAAGGAGUGAUGCGACUUUUCAACAAAGUCGGAGAAACUGUUAACAAGAUAACGUACAAAAUGGAUGAAAGCGAUAUGGAAAGUAAGUGGUUUGAAGAGAAAACAUCGCAAAUAGAUUCCCUUGAUAUUCAAUUACGCGCGUUGCAUUCCGCGGUCGAUUGCUUAACAAAUCAAAGAAGAGAAUUAGCAAACUGUACCGGCGCUACGGCAAAAUCGAUUGCCGUCCUUGGUCAUGGUGAACCGGGAGCAUCGCUCGGCAGAGCAUUAGCACAAUUGGCCGAAACUCUAGAAAAAGUCGAGGUCAUCAGGAAGACGCAAAGCAACAGCGAUCUCUAUCAAUUUGGAGAAAUGUUGAGGGAUUACGUUGCGCUCAUUGGCGCAAUUAAAGAUGUUUUUCAUGAGAGAGUGAAAGUCUUUCAAAAUUGGCAGCACGCUCAAAUGAUGUUGAACAAGAAGCGCGAGCAAAAAGCGCGGCUCGAGCAAUCCGGCCGGACGGACAAGACGAGUCAAGCGGCUACUGAAGUCAUAGAAUGGGAGGCAAAGGUGGAUAGAGGUCAGGAAGAAUUCGAUAAUAUCUCGAAAAUGAUAAAAGAGGAAGUCGAACGUUUUGAAUUGGUCAGAGUGCAAGAUUUUAAGAAGCAGCUAAUUGAGUAUCUGGAGUCUAUGCUGCAACACCAGAAUCAACUCGUCAAGUAUUGGGAGAGCUUCUUGCCGGAGGCACGAGCGGUGGCGUAAACACAUUCCUCGUGUUGAAGAAAAAAAGAGUAAUAUACAUUUUUAAUAUGAUAAUAAGGCCGAUAUCUACCUAACGCAUAAUGUUAAACAAGUAAUUUAUAUGCUGUUUAUGGAUUUAAAUUAUUCGUUCAGUAUCGAUGAGCAUAGCAAUAUUCUUUUUAUUAAGAGGAUUCUUAAGCUUGGUAGAAAGAACAGUUAUAUACGAAAAAAAA